AGAACUCAGAAUGGACUAAGUUUUCAAGUUUCAAUUUUUUUUCUGAAUCGAAAUCAAAUUGAGUCUCUCUAAUCUCUGGCAACCAUAAACAAAUGGUUGUUCACCGUAUAAUACCUUCCAGAAUCUCCCGCUUAAAAGACCCUCUCACUCGUUUUAAACCUCUCAAAACCUUGACAACAUCUUCAUCACCAGCUCCCGAAUCAGAACCCUCGUCGUCGUCUUCGUCUUCGUCUUCGUCUUCUGAUUCAGAUUCUUUCUUGGUGGAGAAGAUAUGUUUCAGUUUGAAGCAAGGUAAUAGUAAUGUGAGAAAUCACCUGAUUCGGUUAAACCCUUUAGCCGUCGUUGAGGUUUUGUACCGUUUCCGUAAUGAUUUAAGUUUAGGGCAAAGAUUCGUGGAUCAAUUAGGGUUCAAUUUUCCGAAUUUCAAGCAUACGUCUUUAUCUUUAAGCGCAAUGAUUCAUAUUUUGGUGAGGAGUGGAAGAUUAUCAGAUGCACAGAGUUGUGUUCUUAGGAUGAUUAGGAGGAGUGGUGUUUCUAGAGUAGAGAUUGUUAACUCCUUGGUUUCUACGUAUAGUAACUGUGGUUCGAAUGAUUCGGUUUUCGAUUUGUUGAUUAGGACGUUUGUACAAGCUAGAAAACUUAGAGAAGCAUAUGAGGCUUUUACAUUGCUGAGAAGCAAAGGUUACACGGUUUCUAUCGAUGCGUGUAAUGCUCUUAUCGGGAGCUUGGUGAGGAUUGGGUGGGUAGAAUUGGCUUGGGGUGUUUAUCAGGAGAUUUCUCGGAGUGGUGUUGGUUUCAUGGAAGAGGCGUUUGAGUUGAUGAAUGCUAUGCCGAGCAAAGGGUUUAGUCCUGGUGUUUAUACUUAUAAUACUGUGAUAAAUGGACUGUGUAAGCAUGGGAAAUAUGAGAGAGCCAAGGAAGUUUUCGUGGAGAUGUUAAGAUCUGGGUUGAGUCCUGACUCCACUACCUACAGAUCACUGCUGAUGGAGGCUUGUAAGAAGGGAGAUGCGGUCGAAACGGAAAAUAUAUUCAGUGAUAUGAGAUCUAGGGAUAUUGUUCCGGAUUUGGUUUGCUUUAGCUCAAUGAUGAGUCUUUUUACUCGGAGUGGAAAUCUCGAUAAGGCAUUAAUGUAUUUUAACAGUGUGAAGGAAGCUGGUCUGAUUCCUGACAAUGUUAUCUACACCAUUCUAAUCCAAGGUUAUUGUAGAAAAGGCCAUCUUUCUGAAGCAUUUCGAGUUUGGGAUGAAAUGAUCAGUAAAAGUAUAAAGCCAACGGUCAUGAUUUGUAACUCAAUGAUAAAGGGAUAUUGCCGUUCUGGUAAUGCCUCAGAUGGAGAAAGCUUUUUGGAGAAGAUGAUCUUGGAAGGUUUUGUGCCGGAUUGCAUCAGUUACAACACAUUGAUAUACGGUUUUGUUAAAGAAGAAAACAUGAGCAAAGCUUUUGGUUUGGUGAAGAAGAUGGAGGAGAAGAAGCAGGGAGGAUUAGUACCUGAUGUCUUUACUUACAAUUCGAUCUUACAUGGGUUUUGCAGACAAAAUCAGAUGAAAGAAGCCGAGGUUGUACUUAGGAAGAUGAUUGAAAGAGGGGUAAAUCCUGAUAGAUCAACGUAUACUUCUCUGAUCAAUGGAUUUGUUUCUCAAGAUAACUUAACCGAGGCAUUUCGGUUUCACGAUGAGAUGCUGCAGAGAGGAUUCUCUCCUGAUGAUAAAUUUUGAAUCAGUUGCUUUUGAAGUCUGUGGCUUUACUCUACUUGAGUGUCUCCAAGCUGAUCCUAGAUUGAGUUGAUAUUGAUGCUUUUUGGUCAAAGGACCAAAGAUGUGUGUCACUGCAGAAGCUCAAGGAACUUGACUUUCUUGAAUAGCAAAAUGGUCCCCGUACUUUAUAACAUU